AUGCGCGCUUCCCGUUCGGCGGCCUCCUUGAUCUUAGGAGGCAACCACCCCCCGUUGGUCGGAACCAGCCAGUCGAAGGCAGCCUCACUAAAUGGUCUCAAUAUUUUGACGAGACCGAGGUCCGCCGGCCGCCUAGUCACUCCGCGAAAGGAGCUCAGUGCUGGCCUCAAGCCCCAGACGCUUCUGAAGUUGGAGUUCAGAUUCGCCAAAGGAGGCCACGGUCUCCAGUGGCAGAAUCUGAUCGUCACCGGCGCCAAGGGCCAGGCGAAGGACCUUGGGGUUCAGAUCGGUUGGCGGAUCUACAUGAUCGAUGGUGUCAUUAUGAACACCGGAGCCGAGGUGUGGCAGAAGCUGCAGGAUGCGAUGUGGCAGUGGAGGACGGUGACAGUGGUCUUCUUUACGGACCACAGGGCGAUCCUCAUGGAGGAGAAGAUAAAAGAGGAAGAGGAGGAACGACGGGAGGUGGAGCGGCUCGCAAAGCUGCCGUUCACCAGUACCUCGGAUGAGAAGCACUUGGAGCAACUCAAGCAGGAGUUCACUUUCCAGGGCUACAUCGACCGAUCAGAGGAGACCUAG